CAGGGGCGGACCCGGGCCAGGCGCCGGGAGGGGCGGAGUUGCGGCGUCGCCCUUCGCCACUGCUUGCGGCGGCGGAGGCUCGGGGGCGGGGAAGCUGGCGACAGGGCCGCUGGGGUCUUGUGGUCCUGCAGAAUCGUGGGCAGCGGGACCCGGCAGUCAGCAGAGGAACAUGGCGCCCUGGACACUCUGGCGCUGCUGCCAACGCGUGGUGGGCUGGGUUCCGGUGCUCUUCAUCACCUUUGUGGUCGUCUGGUCCUACUACGCGUACUAUUUCUAGAACAGGAGAAAAAGGAAAGACCGUUGUUUACCUUGUGGCUUUUCAUCUGUUCUUUGUUAUGUUUGUAUGGUCUUAUUGGAUGACAAUAUUCACAUCUCCUGCUAGCCCUUCCAAAGAGUUCUACUUGUCAAACUCUGAGAAGGAGCGUUAUGAGAAGGAGUUCAGCCAAGAAAGACAGCAAGACAUUUUGAGAAGAGCAGCAAGAGACCUGCCUAUCUACACCACAUCAGCUUCAAAGGCUAUCCGAUAUUGUGAAAAAUGUCAGUUGAUUAAACCUGACCGAGCCCAUCACUGCUCAGCAUGUGACAGAUGUGUUCUUAAGAUGGAUCAUCACUGUCCAUGGGUGAAUAACUGUGUGGGAUUUACUAAUUACAAAUUCUUCAUGCUGUUUUUGUUGUAUUCUCUACUAUAUUGCCUUUUUGUGGCUGCAACAGUUUUAGAGUAUUUUAUAAAAUUUUGGACGCUUUGCCGCAGGAAAUCUACAGAGAAUUGCCCAAAGAAUGAACCAACAGUUUUAAAUUUCCCCAGCGCAAAGUUCCACGUACUGUUCCUUUUCUUUGUGUCUGCAAUGUUCUUCGUCAGUGUGCUCUCACUAUUUAGCUACCAUUGCUGGCUGGUUGGAAAAAAUAGAACGACAAUAGAAUCAUUUCGUGCACCUAUGUUUUCUUAUGGAAUAGAUGGAAAUGGUUUCUCUCUUGGAUGCAGUAAAAAUUGGAGACAAGUCUUUGGUGAUGAAAAGAAAUAUUGGCUAGUUCCAAUAUUUUCAAGUUUGGGUGAUGGUUGCAGUUUUCCAGCUCGCCUUGUGGGGAUGGAUCCAGAACAAGCUUCUGUUGCAAACCAGGGUGAAUACGUCAGAAGUAUUGGCUCAAAUCAACCUUUUCCUAUCAAACCACUUAGUGAAUCAAAAAACCGUUUAUUGGACAGUGAAUCUCAGUGGCUAGAGAAUGGAGCUGAAGAAGGAGUCACCAAAUCAGGGACAAAUAACCAUGUUACAGUGGAAAUAGAAAAUUGAGUACUACUUGUUCAUAACUAACCAUUUGAUGAGUGCAAGGUAUAUAAAAACACAUUUUGGACUAUUUUCAAUUUUAUUUGCAAGAAAAUGAUGGAUGGAAUGAAAUAUUUGAAGUAUAACAGAAGAUAUAUUUUUAAAAGGAGAUGUUUGUACAGUUUGAUGGAUCCACAGAAGCACUGCAGAGCAGAAAGAUGCCUUAAUUUUUAGUGUCCAUUUGUGUGACAUUGCCUCACAGCUCAAAAGUGACUUAAUUUUCCUUUGGAAGUAACACCUGUUUUACAAUGCUAUUACGUGUUAACAUGCCAUAUGUAUUUUAAACAUCUGAGUUACAACAUUAGAGCUAUUUCUUAGUAUCCACAUAAAUUUUCACCCCAAAAACACAAACUAAAAAGUUGUCUGUGGUGAAGUAUACCUAGGGAAAACGGGGGCUAAAAAUGAUACCCAAAUCACUGAUUCUUGUGCUGUAUAAGGGAAAGAAAUACUGCUUUUUUUAUUAGAUGUUUACUAAUUUAUAAUUACUGUUUUAUACUUUUCAACAUUUUAAUAAAGAUUUUUUAAUUAUUGGCUAUAAAAUAACACUCAGAAGGAUUCAGAUACCUAAAUAUAAUAAUUUAGAACAUUGAAGAUAUUAAUAUAAUUCAGUGAAGGUUUAGUUAGAAGCAUUAAUACUUCUAAUUAGUACUUUUAAAAGCCAAGUGGCACAUGCCUAUAAUCCCAGCAUUCAGAAGGCUGAGGUAAGAUUCAGUGAUUUUUGAGUCUAGCAUUGGUUGCAUAGAGACCGUAUCUAAGACACAGAAUAGUACAACCAUGUGGUGUAGGUGUAGUGUGAGCCCAAGGCUCAAAGGAAACAACUACAUGUUGGUAUUCUCUGCUUUUUAAUUACUAGUUGUUGAGUGUUCAAGGGAAGUUUUUAUGGGCAGGAAAGCACAGAGGUUCACGUGCCAUCCAAAGACCUAACACAUAUAUGAAUAGGUGGGAGUGACUAGAAAAAAAAGAGAAUGAAAGAAGAAGUAUUAUAAAGUAAACAAAUUUUCAUCCCUAAAAGUAUAUAGACUACAACAUGCUAUUAAAUAGGAUUUCAUUUAGACAAUGUCUAAAAAUUACUAUGGUCCUUUACAGGAAUCCUGUAGCCAAGUCAACAGUGACUCAAAUGCAGUUCAGAUAAGGAUGAAAUAAGUAAAACAAAACCACGAUGUCCCAGGCUUGGGCUGGAGAAAUGUCUCAGUGGAUAAAGGCCCUUGCGCUCAGACCUACAACCUGACAUCAGCCACAUUCUGGAAGAAGAUACCUAACUCCCACACAUUGUCCUCUGGCAUUUACAUGUGCACUCUGGUGCACACAGGCUCUCUUUUUAACAGAUAGUAUGUUUUUAGCAUCUAGUGGCUUUAAUAGAAAUAGCUAUAUUUAGGAGAUUAGUCCACUGGUCCAUCAAAUGGCAAUGUAGAGGCACUAUUUUUGGUUUAUACAGUUUAUCAAAGAACCACGGGGCGUGGUGGCACACGCCUUUAAUCCCAGCACUCGGGAGGCAAGAGACAGGUGGAUUUCUGAGUUCAAGGCCAGCCUGGUCUACAGAGUGAGUGCCAGGACAGCCAGGGCUACACAGAGAAACCCAGUCUUGAAAAACCAAAAAAAAAAAAAAAGAAAGAAAGAAAGGACGAAAGAAAAGAAACAACCCCAAAUGAUUGCUUGAGGUGGACCAGCAGAGAGACGUCUCUGAUGUGCUGCUGUCUAGGAUGUGGCUAUGCAGUGUCUUUGUGUGCACAAUAGGAUUGUGGAGGAGAGGGCAUCCUGCAUGAGUUGGACUGUAGGACUCCCCACAUUACCCAGUGUUGAAGUUUGCAAAUAACCUUGCUUUUUAUUUACCCACCAAGUAGCUCUCAAGUCCUCUGAAUAUCAAAUAUUAUACUAAAGAUAGUGCUGUGAUUUCCUAAUCCUACAUAAAUCAAGAUCGCUGCUGUUCUAACUUUGCGAUUUGGGAAGUUUACUGGAUUCCCAUUGACUGCACUAAUUAUGAAUCUUAAGUAACUUUCCCUUUGGACCAAAGGAGUGAGUCAGCUUUGGCACCAUGGUUUAAAGUUGUAUGUAGUAUGAAUUCCUCUUCAUUGCAGCUCUUUUGACGUUCAUUCUAUAAAAACAAUGACUUAAGAGAUGCCAGUUACUGCUAGGCAUGCUGGAGCCUGCUGGCCAUCUCAGCACUUGGGAGUCUGAAUCAAGUUGGUCUAGUUCAUUCUCAGCAUCAACAGUAGCCUGUGCUGCAUGAAGCCUGUGCUAAACAACCCGAGAGGAAAAGAAGAUCAAUUACUAACCAGAAAUACAACUUCAAUUUGGUAGUGUGCAUGCUACUUUCAGAAAUAUUCUAGUAUUUCAGUGUUUCUAUAUUUAUAUCAAGGGAUUUGCAUGCACCUGGCAUAAUUUGCCCCUUUAACAUACUAUUAUGUAGAAGUAUCAAAUUUCUGAGUUGUUUAUUAGCAUAGUAAAACCAUUUCUAGUUUUCCACUUUGGUAGCCUUUAUAGCCAGCUUUUUGCCACAUUCUAAAAUAUUUAGCUGCCUUUUGUUGUUUUGGUUUUGUUUCAUUUUAGUGCUGGGAAUCAAAUCCAGGGCCUUCUGCAUACUAGGCAAGUCCUCUACCACUGAGCUACAUCCCUGGCCCAAGCUGAAGCUGUUCAUACGUGUCAGUGAGCCAUUCAUUAGGGACCAGCAAGUGGUAUGGGAAUCAGGGAAAGGCUGGAUGUUUAGUAUGUGAACUGGCAUUGAGUCUGCUAUCAGUGGGGGGAGGGGGGGGACUACCUUGAAACAAAGCUUUGCCAAAAUUUCAAACACUUGAACAUUUGUGAAGAAAAUGGAGUUGAAUUUCAGGUCUUGCCCUUGCCAUUAAAAACAUCAGACAGGAGACUUGGUUUACCUGGGUACAGAGGUACUUGACUGUUGAGUACCUGCGGCACCUGACCCUGUCACUGUGCCAACCAAAGCAGCUGCAGUGUACCAGCUAUUGACAUGAACAUGUUUACAAAGUUGAGUUUUGUCUUCAUAAAAGAAUGAUUUUUAAAAAACUUUUUACAUAGUUAUGACUCAAUGUGUUUAAAGCAUAACAAGUUAGCUUAAAUAUAUGGUCUUUACUUGAAUUUUAAUUCUUACAGAAAGCAAAUUUUGACUGUUUACAGGAAUGCUUGAAAUGAGUCAAGAGAUCUCUAAUUCUCUCUGAAGCAAAACUGUUACAGGCUUAGUGUUAGAGCCUGCGUAUUUGCGGCAUUGGAUAGGCAGUAACUCAAACUACGUUUCGCUUACAUCUUGUUCUAUAAAGUAGUACUUUUGCGUGGAUAAGUAUUUUUAACUGAUAUUAAGAAAUCAUAUUUUUGCAUUUCAGUCAAACUAGUAAGAGCAUAUGUAAAAGUACAAAUAAGAUAUAAAUCUGAAAUUCAUGUUUCAUAUGAUCUAAGCUGUAUUUUUAAAUUCAAAUUUAAAAUACAAUAGAGAUUCAGAAAGGUCCAUAUUUUUCUAAUGACUUCAUGCUAUAUUAUUUUCUUGAGUUACGUAAAGCAAGGAAUUGUAUUUGUAUUAAGGAGCUAAGGAAGCUGUUAGUUUAUUAUAUUUGUACAUGAUUACAGACAAGCCUAUGCCCAUUUAAAAGAAGAGAUGGAUACUGUUUAAGGUGAUAUUUAAUGUUUUUCUAUAAAUAAGUUUGAGAGAUCGUUUGCCUUAGUUGUCUUAUCAGUAGCAUAGCCUUCUAUUUAUUCUCAUUAUGUGAACCUGGACUAUGACCAGUGACUCUUGGCUCUGUAUUUUGGAUGGCCUAACCUACAUUACUAUGUGUGCAUUUUUUUUCAGAAACCAUAAUUACUUUAUUAAUAAACAGAUAAAGAUAUUGUCUUGUUUUUUAAUGGUUUUGUUGCCAUUAUAUUUGUCAAAUGAGAAAAUAAUUGUCAUUUUGAUCCGCA